UCCUACGCCCCCAAAUACCCGCCAAAUCCCUUUCUCUCUCUAAAACCUCUUUCUUCUUCUUCUGCAACUUCCCAAAUCCCACCAUUUCUCUCUCUCUCGCUCUCUCUCUCUCUCAUUGUUGUGUGGCUAUGGGGAAGAAGAGGAACAAGGUUGUGGUUCUAUCAUCAUCGGAUGACGACGAACGUCGUCGUCACCGUCAUCGUUCACUGAGCUCCACUCGUCCGCCCAGUACCAGGUCCAAAUUCAGCUCCUCCACGGUUCCUCGUCCAAAUGCAAACCCCUCACGUUCCAAGAAGCCUCGUCUUUCGGAUUCUACCUCUUUUCUGUUUAAAGAUGAUACUAGUGAUUGGGAUGAGAUCAAAGUGUUUUGUGAAGAUUUUGAUGAUACUCCUAUUGGGUUCAAGGUAUCUGAUGGUUCUGGAGAAAGCAACCAGAAAGAGUUAUGGGUAGAUAAAUAUAAACCUCAUUCUCUUGAAGAGUUAGCUGUUCAUAAAAAGAAGAUUGAAGAAGUAAAAUUGUGGUUUGAAGAAAGAUUAGGUUCUUCAAAGGAUGAAAACACUAGCAAGGUUAUCGUCAUCACUGGACAAGCUGGAGUUGGAAAAUCGGCAACUGUUCAUGCGAUAGCUUGUCAUUUCGGAGCGAGAUUGUGUGAAUGGAACACACCUACGCCAAUAAUUUGGCAAGAACAUCUACAUAACUCCAGUGCAGGGUUGCGUUACAUGUCAAAAUUGGACGAGUUUGAAUAUUUUGUGGAGAGAGUUAGGAAGUAUGGAUUGAUACCACCAACUGAGAAUAUGGAGUCAAAAGAAUCAAUCAUUCUCUUAAUAGAUGAUCUUCCUGUCACAAAUGGUAAAUUAGCUUUUGAAAGACUUAGAAACAGUCUCUAUCUUCUUGUGCGGUCAGUUCAGAUACCUACUGCCAUAUUAGUCACCAAUUAUGGUGAAGCUGAUUCAGGAGACCACACAACACAAUACCUUGAAGAACUUCAAUCGUCUCUCGAAAAUGCUGGGGCUUGUAAGGUCGCUUUCAAUCCUAUUACGCAUAAUUCAACCAAGAAGAUUCUAUCUAGAAUAUGCAGACUAGAGCAGUGUAAAGUGUCUGUGGACCAGAUUGAUCUCAUAGCAAAAGCAAGUGGAGGUGACAUCAGACAUGCAAUUACUUCUUUACAGUUUUUCUGUGUGAAACCAAGUCUAGCGCAUCCAAUAUCUUCACCCAAUCGUCCUAUCAUGGACGAGGGAUUUCCUCUAGACUUCGGCCGAGAUGAGACACUUUCUCUAUUUCAUGCACUGGGAAAGUUUCUGCAUAACAAAAGAGAAACUGAAAAUGUUCUGGAAUCUGUCGGAGAUGAAUUUUCUGUACAAGAACGAUUGGCUAGAUUACCACUUAAAAUGGAUGCUCCAGAAAAGAUCCUUUGUCAAGCUCAUGGGCAAGCUAGGUCUAUUGUCGACUUUCUUAAUGAAAAUGUUCUAGACUUCUUGAGCGAGGAGGCAAUCGAUGAUGCAUGGACAGUGGCUUCAUAUUUGGGAGAUGUUGAUUUGCUUCUAGGUACUUUUCGUGGAAUGCUUGCCAGACGCAACGAGGCAGAGAAUGUUCUACAAUCAGCUGCAGCUUCAGUCGCUGUUCGUGGGGUCCUAUUUGGAAAUCAUCAUCCAAUGCCUUCGAGGUGGCAUGUUAUUCGUCGGCCAAAGCUCUGGCAGGUUGAACAAUUAUCAUUGUCCAACAAGAAAGAGAUGAUAAAACGAAGAUACGAUACUUGUAACGGAAUGAGUUCAUCGAAUUUUUCGGUUAUAGCCACAGAAUACACACCCGUGUUCAAAUGGCUUGGGAGGGGAACACAUGAAAGUCUAGACUCGAGAAUCGAUAUGAUGAGUUUGGAUGAUCAAGAAAGUGUAGUUUCUGAGGAUGAAAUAGAAGAUUGGUAAAAAACGUAGGUAACUGUAUCAAACAUUCUUUAAGUCUGAAAUAACUCACUCACCACAAUUCAUCAUGGAAAUCAAAUAGUUUAUGUGAGAUGUAUGUUUGUAUGUGUAUAUAUAUGAUGUCUCUACAUAUGCUUUAAGUAUACUUAUGUAUACUUUUUGUUAAUAUAUUUUUGUUGUUAAAGAAAUUUAGUGGACAAUCUA